CGUACAUUGGGCAACCACUCCUCCUCUACCUUCCUCCUCCCCCUCCUCCCCAUGACCCUGUGCACAGCAGCCAUAAUCAGACAUGACCGGUGAAGAUCAUCGAGGUGAACCCAGCCAGGGCGCUGCGACGUCCUCGACGCCUACCUCAUCGCUCCCAGCCUCCUCGCCUGAGCAGGUGCAGAUGCUCUCGCCCGCCUCGACUGUAAUCUUCAGUCCCGAUGCCCUUGCUGGUCGCUCAAACUCUGCUGCAUCUCCGCGAGGCAGGAGGGGGCGACCUCACCCGCAGUUCAGCCAGCUAGAUCGUCAAGAGUCCCAGCUCGUCGUCGGCAGUGGAGGCCCCGCCUUGCUGCCCUUUGUGGGAAAGAGGGGGGCCACGCUACCCAGUGCGCCUGCACGAGACUGGGAAGAUGGAGUUACCUCGGCAACGCUGCGGUCCUUUCCUCCCAAGGAGACAGUCAGGAGUCAUAGCAGGGAUGGCGGCCCGUCUCGAAGCAGAAGCAGGCCGGCGCGACGGUCUAUGGGGGAUGGAGAUGGAGUCAAUACGCCUGCUUCUGAGCCUGAAGGUCAUCGUCCGCCUGCCAGGAUCGACUCAAUGAGGGCCGCCUUUGCACGGAAUAGGAGACGUUCAGGCACUUACUCCCAGGACGUAUCGGGAGCAGGCACCCCCUCUGUACUUGCAGGAGAGGGUGCGACGACGCCCGCGGCCACAGGCAGCUCCACUCCUGGAAAGGGGCCCGCUAAGACGGCCAAAGCAUUGGCCUCGAGGCUGGCGCCGACUCGACUUGCGGAUUUGCACAUCUCCCGCCCUGGACUGUCCAUUCUCCCCACUGUGCAUUUCCCGGGGCAAGGCUCUGGCAAAGAGUCGGAAUUCCUCCAGGAGGCGCCCAUCUGGUCCCGCUUGCCUUGGAAGUGGCUCUACCUCGUCUACUUUGGCCUUUCGGUGGGGCUCAUCUUCCUGCCUUGGUUCGCAUUGACCUCUAUCCCACCACAAUGGCGAGCUAGGUCUACUUGGACGUGGAAGCGCUCAACAUUGGUUCGGCUCUUUCGUCACGGGACACGUCUUACCUUUCGCACCCAUACUUCCCUCUCGAGAGACACGAGCAAAGCAGUACCUCACUCCAAGACGCUGCGAUGUAAAUUCGUUUGGAUCGACGCAACUCCAGGGGAAGACAUUCGUGGUGAGCUCAAGCGCGCCAUGGACUCGCAGCAGAUUCCCUCCACGCGCACCUGUGGGUUCUGGUAUGGUGAACCCCUCAAAGAAGAAGAGACUAAGCAACAGUCUGCGGAACCAAUGCCUCGUGAUGAUGCAUCCCCAGCUUCGCAUUCUCUGUCCUCCUCAGGAGUUGGUAGGCGGGCUGGUGCUGAUGAGAAGGUCGUCUAUCACCUCCACGGAGGUGCCUACUGGAUCGGCACUGCUCACGAAGAUGAUGUGACGGCAGCGGUCAAUACCGAGGUGCUGCGCUACCUGGCUCAGCUCUACGAGAAUGGGGAGUCCAAGGCCACGCUUGCCAAUCGCUGUACCAGGUCACUCUCAUUGGACUACAGACUAUCAGUGCCAUGUCGUCCUGACAUUGGAAGCUAUCCUGCCGCAUUACUCGAUGCAGUAGCUGGCUACCUGUACCUCGUCAGAACCUGUGGCUUCAAGGAGAGCAAUAUCAUCGUUGCAGGUGAUUCUGCAGGUGGCAAUUUGGCACUGGCGCUAUGCCGGUAUCUGCAAGACGAAAAGGUGGCAGGAGUGCCUGGGAGCCUUCUGCUUCUCUCGCCUUGGGGAGAUAUCUCACGAUCUCAUGCUGGCCCUCUCACCUGCCCGAAUCUAUUUGCCACGACCUACACCAAUCGCGAUGCAGAUAUCAUCAGUACCUCGGUGGCGUUCCGCAACACGGCAGUAAGCGCUUUCAUGGGCAACUUGCCUGCCUCAGAAGCAUACCACAAUCCCUACCUGUCCUCCUGCUCCCUCCAGCUUGCUCACGAGCGAGGAGGAGACGGGCCCGAUUGGGGUUUCGAAGGGUUGCCUCGUCGGACUUACCUCGCUACCGGAUCGGCUGAGAUCUCGAAUGACCAGCAUCUGACCCUCGCCCACAGGAUGGCGGCGGGUAGUAAACGAAGAGUGCCCAUCUACACAGGAGAUCGACUGAGUGAAGGUGCCGACGUCUAUGAGAUGGCUGCGCGGUUACAGUACCCUCGACCAGACACCCAUCAGGUUACCCUUUGGCCAAGUGCGGUACCCACGCCCAACCCUCAGGAGUCUCAAGCCAACGAAAUUCAAGGGGCCUCCUCCCAAUUUGCAACCUUUGAAGCGGGUGGUGCUCUCGAGAAGCAGGAGAAGCAGAUCAAAUCCCCAUCCUCAACACCAGCGCCCGCAAAAGGCAGAAUCCUCCAUCCAGAGAAGGAAGACUCGCAGCAAGAGAACAGUACAGUGGCCGGUGUGCCGCAGGAUCCUACCUCGCCGGUCGCUAGCAACGAGAGAACUUCAUCUGCGAUGACGAGAAUUCCGGACGAUCAUUCUUCGCCCAAAGGGGAAAGCGCUGAAGCAGCCGACGGCGUCAAAACUGCUGACUUUGCUCCAACUUCGCCAGCACCACCCGCCCCUCCACGACGUCCUACCAACACCCGGCAAGGCACAUCCAGAAGGUCUACCCGCCGGCCCGGCGUCGUCCCUCUGUCGCUAGGAGCAGCCUUUGCCCGCGCACAGUCACAAUCGCACUUCCAUACACCCGCACAGACCCCCGGCGGGGUAGCGCCGGCUCUACCAGCCACGCCGCUAGCUGGUACCCCUUUCGAGUCGGGCUUCUACUUUGCCGGGGAUCACCAGCCGCCAGCAGCAUUGAGUGAAGAGCAGGGUUCGGGCCUUCGUAAUGGCUUUGUGAAUUCGGCUGGCAGUCCAGAGGAGCAAACCGAGGCGGAACAAGCAGCGCUUGCGCUCGAGAGUGAAAGCGAGGCAUCUGAUGCAGAGCAGGAGUACUUUGCCGUUGGAGGAGAAGACAGAACGGUUCAUCUUGAUGAGGUCAGAGAUGCCGUGCACGACUUUUUGCUAUUCCCUUGGCAUGAACCAGAAAGAGGACAAUGCUGGCGAAGAAUAGCAAAGUGGAUUGACGAGGCCUAGUGCUCGAGGGCCCGCAUUUGUAUUAUAAGAGAGGGGAUGCGUCGGCACUUCUAUUUUACACAAUUGAUACUUUUCCUGCUAAUUUAC